CAGAGGAUAUCAUCUUAUUAUCUAAUAUCUCUGCAAACUGACACAAGCCAAUGGGUGUGAUUAAAGUUCCCCAACUCAGAAAAAUGAAGAACAACCUAUCAAUUUCAUAAAAAUACAAAUUCAAAUCCAACAUAUUCAUUCCCAAAAAUGGCUUCAUUAAAACUUUCAUCUCAAUUGCCACUACCCCUCUACACCUUCUCCACCUCACCACAACCCAUCCACAACCCCUCAAUCUCAUUUCCCCAACAAAAUAAACAAUUUUUGAGCUACAAGAUUGCAGUUAGAACCAGAAUUAGUGUUCCAGUUGGUGCUAGCAGUGAAGAUACCCAGACAGAAUUGAGUGUUGCUGCAGAAUCAAGUACCAGAAAUGAUGAUGAAGAGGAUGAAGAUGAUGUUGAUGAAGAUGAAUAUGAUGACCCAGAUCCUCAAGACCUUGAAUAUGUUUCUCAAAUCAAAAGGGUUUUGGAGCUUUUGAAGAAAAACAGAGAUAUGCUUUUUAGUGAGGUGAAGUUAACAGUGAUGAUUGAGGACCCGAGAGAAGUUGAGCGAAGAAGACUUCUUGGAAUCGAUGAUGUUGAUGCUCCAACAAGAGAGGACUUGGCUGCUGUUCUUGAAGAAGUGAAUGAAGGCAAAAUCCCACGAGACCGUGCUGCUCUUCAAAUGCUGGCAGAAGAAAUGGUUCAAUGGCCUAAUUUAGAGGUUGAAGCAACAAAAAAAGGCCCACGAAAAUCGUUAUAUGCGAAGGCUACGGACACUGGUGUGGAUCCUGAAGUAGCUGCAAAGAGGCUUAACAUUGACUGGGAUUCAGCGGCUGAGAUUGAGGAAGCUGAUAGCAGUGAUGAGACUGAAGUCCCUUCAGCUGUGGGAUACGGCGCGUUGUACUUGGUGACGGCAUUUCCAGUGAUAAUUGGUAUAUCAGUGGUGUUGAUUCUUUUCUACAAUUCUCUCCAGUAAGGAGAUGAUAUUGUUAGGUUAGUUGAUGGAUGCUCAUCAAAGAUUUUGAUGUAUGCUGUUUCUGUGACAUUAUGCAAAAAUUGUAUACAAUUUGACAUCAAUAUAGUAUCAUCUUUUUAUUAUUGUAC